AGAGAAUGUUAUUUAACGUUUGGAAAUGGAGUCCUAAACUUCAAGAAGAGGAACGCAAAGUUUCAGGGAUGAAUUAAGACAGGUUUGAAAGAUUUCUUAGAACUUAGGACGGAGACAGCUGAGUCUUCCAGAAGGCAUGGGAUUAUGUGUUCAUGAACCAUACAAUCUCACUCUCACCGUUGCUGCUUUCUCUCAAGUCUCAAGAAGUAAGCAUUGUUUUUCCUCUCUAUGUAGCUGGCAGUAAUAAGAUCAGUCUUACUUUUCCUCUCACUGCCGCUGCCGGAACCUCCGAACUUUUAGUCAAUAUCGAUUGAAAUUUGAAGACAAAUCCAAUCUGAGAUUCCGAUUGGCUGGUACACGGCGACACGAUAUCUUCAUGAUAGGUGUCUUUCCUUGAUUGGGUGGACUCCGAGAUUGGCGGAGUGAUAAAACAGAAGACUCCGUCCCGGAGAGUAAUUCUCGUCGGACGCAGUGGCCCCCGACCGGCAUCCUUAAAGUUAGGGAGGAAGAGGAAAGGGGAAAGGACGGAGAGAGAGAGAGAGUCCGAGCCAAUCGGUUCUCUUUAGGGUGUGAUGAGGGCCUGAAGGCCAGGCGAAUGGCGAGAAAUAAUUGGUUGACCUAAACUUUUGCCAGCUGUCAAAUAGGGUAGGAGUAAGUGCGAAAAAAGUGCGGGGACUCCCAUCAGUUUCCUGAUUUAACUCAAAGAAGACAGUUAGCGUUUCAAUUUCCUAAUUCAUUCAUACUAACUAGGAAGCAGCAGUUCUCUUGCUAAAUCCGCUUUCUCAACCCUCUUCUUGCAGUUUCCUAAUUCAAUUAUGAUUGGAACAAUGCCCAGCUACUACUUAUAUACUAAUCACUCACUACAAUCAGUUAAACGUUUACCCACGAAGCAGCAGCAGCCCGGAACAAGAACAAGAACAAGAAGAAAAAGAAGAAGACUUUUCCAGGUUAUACUCUGUUUCUAGAUCCUCCCAAACAUGUCAGAAAGUGAGACCAAUACAAGCACUUCAGAUAUUAAAAACAUGGGAUCUCACGUUUUUUCACCUUCAGAUCCUACCCUAAUUCCAAGCUAUGGAAGCCCUCUUGUACAAAGCAGUGAAGGAUUAUUUGACCCUUUUAGUAUAGGACAAAAUCCUUCUUUAAAUCAAAUAUUCAGAGCAAGCCCACAAGAAGACUUCCAAUUAACAGAUUAUUCUAAUGGAGAAGCAGCUUUGGAUGCCAACUGGCUUUUCUACAAUUAUAUGGGGAUUUGGGGAGAUUCCGCUUGGUAUACCCAGGAUGCAUUGAAUAAUGACAUAGUGUUGAUGGCCAAGCAUAAGCAGGGCUGUCAGUUCUUGCAGAACAUUUUGAUUGGGAAGGACCCAUGCGGUACCAAGAUAAUAUUUGAAGGAGUUUUGGAGUGCAUUGUUGAUCUCAUGUCACAUCCGUCCGGCAAUUAUAUUUUCCAGAGGCUAGUGGAAGUAUGCAGCAUUGACCAGUUACAAGAAAUUGUGCUCAGAAUUACCAGAGAAAGAGGUGCACUCAUACAUGCUGCAGUCGAUCAUUUUGGAACCCGUUCUGUUCAGAAACUCGUAAAGAUGACCAAAAAGUUACCGUUGAUCACGUAUGUUAUAUCAGCUCUAGCUCCAGGAAUACUAGCUUUGAUGCUCAACCAAACGGGAAGCCAUGUGAUCCGUCAUUGUUUAGUUCACCUGGAUAGUCAGCAAAACAGAGUCAUAUUCGAGGUUGCAGUGAAGUAUUGUUUGAGACUGGCCACACAUGAACAAGGAUGCGUCUCCCUGAACAAUUGCAUAGACUGCAUUAAGGAUCCCCAUAGAAAACAACUCAUAAACAUGAUCUCAGUGAAUGCUGUGCAACUUUCACAGGAUCCUUUUGGGAACUAUGUUGUCCAGCGUGUCCUAGCACUCCAAAACCCAGAAUUUACUAAGAUUAUAUGCUAUCAACUUCAAGGCUAUUAUGUGCUUCUCUCAAUGCAGAAAUGUGGGAGCCAUGUUGUAGAGAAAUGCUUAAAAUCUCCUUGGAUAUCAAAUAUUGUCAAUGAGUUUCUAGCCAAUGACAAACUAGUCCAGCUUGCUCGGGAUCCAUUUGGAAACUAUGUCAUACAAACAGCACUCAAGUUAUGCACUAUGGCCUGUAUCAGCUUCUGGUGAUUGUACUCCAACCUCAUCUGUCGGAUCUCCAGUACCAUCCAAAUGGAAGGAACAUAUUCAAGUUUAUCAAUGGUAGCAUUUAAGUUAAAUACUGGACAGUAUAACCUUGGAUGGAGACAAGUUCUAUCAAAAACAUGUUGCAAAAUCUUGUUCGUUUUUUUCUUGGCUGGGAGGUUUUUUUUUUUUGUUAUUUGAAUGAACACUGUGUCUACUGUCUGUAGUUUAGGGUAUUUGGAAGGGGGGGGGGAGCGCGUUAUGCUUCAGUUCAUUGGAGUUUGCAGAGAAUCAACUCUGUAUGUAGAUGUACACUAUGGCUUUCAACUCUUUGUUUGUUCCUACCUAGUAUGUUUCUUUAUUAUAAUACAGAGCUGUCUGAUCCUCUUCUUUGUA